AUGCACUGCUUCCCAGAUGGGAGCUCGGAGAGUCUUCGUUUCAAUCCAACAGGCAACUCAGGCCCUGCAGAAGCGCAGGGGUGUUUCGAGUGCUGUAUUAAAUGCCUGGGAGGCAUUCCCUACGCCUCUCUGAUCGCCACCAUCCUGCUGUAUGCUGGCGUGGCCCUGUUCUGUGGCUGCGGCCAUGAGGCGCUUUCUGGGACUGUCACCAUCCUGCAAACCUACUUCGAGAUGGCGAGAACUGCCGGAGACACACUGGACGUCUUUACCAUGAUCGACAUCUUCAAGUACGUAAUCUACGGCAUCGCGGCGGCCUUCUUCGUGUACGGCAUCCUGCUGAUGGUGGAGGGCUUCUUCACCACGGGCGCCAUCAAGGACCUCUACGGGGACUUCAAGAUCACCACCUGCGGCCGCUGCGUCAGCGCCUGGUUCAUCAUGCUGACCUACCUGUUCAUGCUGGCCUGGCUGGGCGUGACGGCUUUCACCUCCCUGCCCGUCUACAUGUACUUCAACCUGUGGACCAUCUGCCGGAACAGCACCCUCGUGGAAGGGGCCAAUCUCUGCCUGGACCUGCGUCAGUUCG